UGCACUGAAUACAAUUAGGUUGUAGUACUGGCUUGAUUGUUAGCCAGCUGACAAUACUUUUGUAGGUAUCUAGUUAGCCCCUAGCAAACUAAAAAUAUAAAACAGUAUUGUUUAUAUUUCAAAAGCUCUGCGCUUGUCAACAGCGGGGAGGGAUAUGAGUGAGUCAAGUGAUGUUUCCGAGUUACCGGAGCAACCAAACUCCUCCCAUCGUGCCAGUCCAGACGUUUAGCGAUACAAUGUGCAUAAUUGAUGAAGUCAAAGACAUCUCCCUACCCAGAGCUUUAAACAGUGUCACAGACAGUACUGUAACUGGUGAGCUAUGUCAGAUCUUAAAAAUCACAUUAAAAGCAAUGCACACAUUUUAAACAAAUUGCCAAAGAUUGGCAAAGCUGACGUUGGACUGCUAAGGGUGUCUGGUCAGGUGAGUUUCGGCCUGACUGGAAGACCAGACUCAAGGCAUUGACCCAGAUAACCAGGUCCUUUUUUUAAGGACGGGUGGUUUUUGAGAGAGCAGGUCAACAUUAGGGAUAUUUCUGACUGAGGACACAUGGAAGGGGAAACUGAGGACCAGAAAGAGGACUCAGAAGCCUUUUCUCCACAUGCAUUUGUGUUGUGGGAGAAGUGUAUCCAGCAGAGUAUCUUUGUGGACCUGAGUGAGGACGAGAGCCUUCACUUCAGUGAUCUGGAGGGCUCCUUCACUGUGCAACUCUCUCAGGCAGAUUCAGCUGCCUCAGAAAAUAGCAUCCACCUCAGUGGGAAUGUAGAGCUGUCCCUGUCUGACCAAGGCGACUCAACAGGUAAGAGCAGCUGUGUCAGUAGCCAGAGUGAGAGAGUGGUGGAAGGGGAUCUCAAGACCAGGGGCAGCGUGAUGCAUGUGUCUGCCCAGAGACCCAACACUGAGCAGGAGCAAACCAUCUUGGAUGGUGAAAACCCAGCAGACACCUCCGAUGAAGACCAGGAGGAUCUUCCGUAUGAUGGAGAACUGGGAAGCCAGUAUAUUAACCCCAAAACUAAAGACAGCCGCAACUCUGUGGAGCAUUCACAACGCAGUCUUUAUGAUUGUUCAGAUUUUCCGGCAAUGGUUAAACAGGUUAAUAUCAUAAAGGAUCCUGUGCAGAUAGCAAUCAACACUAUGAGCCCUGCGUGUUUGACUCCCAAGGGUGAGAGUAAAGUAGCUUUGAUUGACUCUACCAAAGCAGCAGAGUCUAUUUCGACACACAGAAGCACCGUCGGUCAAGCCCCAUACCCAGACAUCACCCAGCUGCUUCUCCGUCACUUUUCCCAGGAUGAGCUGCUCUGUUCAGGCAGGCUGAUCGAGGCUGAGACCCUGCCGGAGGUGUCCCUUCUGGACAGCAGUGUGGAUGAGUCAGUUCGGAGCAGGGCCCCAUGGUGCAGCAGGACGUGUAGCCCCAAUAGAGAUAUUGGCGCAAGCCCACAGCACAGCAGCACAGAGGGGCCCAGCAGCAAGAGUGGGAGUCAGAACCUACAGGAUAAGGAUGAAGAAAGGAGUGUUUUUAGAAAUCCAAUGAGAAACCUGAAGGACAAAAAUACAGGGAGAAAAAGUCCAACUGCUUCAGAAGAAAAUGACAGAGGGUGUGCUGAUGAGUCUUACAAUAGUGACAUCAACUAUCCUGAAAAUAGUGACAGAUCAAACAGCAAAAGUAGCAGUGGUUCAGACCUAACCAAUGAGAAAGAUCAGAUUGAUGAAGAGGAUGAGGAAGACCAACUACAAAUAGUACCUCUCAUCAGAACCAGGUCUUUUAGUGAAUUAAAAUAUGGACAGGGCCAGGUCCACUUCCCUCUCCCUGAUUUCUCCAAGGUGGCUCCUAGAGUGAAAGUCCCAAAGAAUAACUAUGGUUCGGUGAAACCUGUCAGUCAGUCUCCCGCCUUCCUCAGAGCCAAGUCAUCACCAAGCAUGCUGGGUAGGUCCUCUGCUUUGGAGGUGAUCAACAGAGCAAUGGAAGACUCUAUUCAGCCAGACAGAACUUAUGCCUUCAGAGACCAGGACAAACAGACUAAACCGUCCUCAGGACUCGUGCAUCAUCUUCAGGCUGAAUAUGAUAAGUUGCUGACUAAAUAUGCCGAAGCUGAGAACCUCAUUGAUCAGAUGAGACUGGGAACAAAAACAAAAGCCCCCUCUGACUUUAAACAGGAGUUCGACAUUGGUGACCAACCCGAAACUUUGUGUCCUGGUGGAAGCCAUUUUGUAUCUAGACUCUUCUCCAAGACUCCAUCAGGACAAUUUACUGAUGAGCCAAACCAACAAAAUCACUCUAAGCUGCCCGAUAAUUCUACCCACUCUGGCUUGCAUUAUCUGACUGAAGGGGAAAGGAUGACCUGUGAGUUCAGGGAUAUUAUCAGUCAGUUCAUGCAGAAGGUGGUUGAAUUCAAAACGUGUUUUACUACCAAUUUAAUUACUAUUGAAGAGCAACAAAUGGUGUUUAAGAGUAUAAUGGGUGCCCAGGACCAGCUGGAGAGGCGGUACAUAAGUAAAAAGGAAGAGCACAGAGCUCUGGAGAUGCAGAACUACAUGGGCCUUGCUAGGAACAUGGGCCAGUUUGACCCUGAAAGGCAGGUGGAGGGGGAGAUAUUCAGGAUAGGGAUGCAGCUGGAGGACAUUAAAGACCUUAUCGACAGAAACGUGUGUGAGCAGAAGCUCUCCCCUCCCCACUCACCCCUCACACUCCAGCCACUGUGUGAGGAGGUCAGUCCUGGUCCACCCGGCCCCUCACCUCCACCAGCCCUGCCCCUCAAGGUUCUCACGUUACAGGACCCUGGCCCUUGUGUGUCCACGGGGGGUUAUGAGACAGAUGAGGAGGACGCCACUGAGGUCCGUGGAAAUGAUGGCUUAGACGUGUCCGGUGAUGUCACACCUGCCGAAUCCCCGCUCACCAGCACUGGGCACAGCAGUGUUAGUCUACGGCUCUCACAAAGCUCCUUUGAAAGGCUGGACAUUACCAACAUAGAUGAGGAUGAAGAGGAAAAUACCUCUUUCCUGUCAGAAGGGGUCGCUCAGAAAAGGGGCCAAGAGUAUUUUGCUCGGCAGAACUCGCCAGACAGACUGUGGACACCUGAAAGCCCAGACUUGGAGUGUUUGGCUGUAGAGGUCUCGUCGUCUGAUGUGAACACCCAGAGCAUCAAAGACCAGACCCCCAACUCCUCCCAGAGUAUAGUGAGCCCAGAGACAGACAGUGGGUUUGGGAGCUCUGAUUUGAGUCGUCCAGCUACAGGACUGUCUCAACCAAAACGUGAUACUGAACGCUUCAGGCUUCAGUCGGAUGGGAACUCCAGUCCUAUGAGUCUGAGUAACAGUGAAGGUUCCUGCUCCAACCUGCAGACAACCAUGCAUCAGCCUCAGCACACAGGACAGAGAAGACCCAGCCUGCAGAUCCCUGUCCAUCUGAAUGGGGAUAUUGGAGACCAGAGACCCAGCCUGAAGACCCCUGUCCAUCUGAAUGGGGAUAUUGGAGACCAGAGACCCAGCCUGAAGACCCCUGUCCAUCUGAAUGGGGAUAUUGCAGACCAGGGACCCAGCUUGCAGACCCCUGUCCAUCUGAAUGGGGAUAUUGGAGACCAGAGACCCAGCCUGCAGUCCCCUGUCCAUCUGACUGGGGAUAUUGGAGACCAGAGACCCAGCCUGCUGACCCCUGUCCAUCAGACUGGGGAUAUUGGAGACCAGAGACCUGCUCAGCUGCAGUUUUCCGGCACUGCAGUGGACUACUGGUUGACCAGUACCCAGCUCAUACCUGCAGAACCAACUGACUCCCCCAGUGAACACAGCCCUGAUCGCCUGUUAAACCCCCCCCAUAGCGUCAACAUGGACACCAUAAAGAGAGACAGGCCCUCCCAUAGCGUCAACAUGGACACCAUACAGAGAGACAGGCCCUCCCAUAGCGUCAACAUGGACACCAUACAGAGAGACAGGCCCUCCCAUAGCGUCAACAUGGACACCAUACAGAGAGACAGGCCCUCCCACUCCUGUUCAUGUCACAGCGAGGCCAUCCAAGCCCUGCAGUCAGAGGUGUCCCAGCUGAAGAGAGACCUGGAAGAGGGCCUGGUCCAGCUGCCACACCUCUCCCAGAGGAUCGACCAGCUGACCUACAGAUGCAGAAGGCCCAAGCCCCGGUCCAGGACAUCCCACCUCAACAUAGCAGGGAGCAGACAGAGUCUAACCCACACCAGGUCCAAGAUUCUAGACCUGAUUUCCUCAGACAUAGACUUCAGCAGCAGCAAAGAUGCAGACAGCAUGAAGUCUGACCGGUCGGGGAUCCCCCUGCCAUUCCACAGCACACCACAAGGUGGCAGGAGAGGGGGCAGCAAGCCAUACUCGUGCUUUGAUAGACCAUGGAAACCCCAGGGCAAAACACACUUCAAUACAGCAUCUGAGGAGAUCUGUGUUAUGGAGACCUCAUACUCUAGUCCACCUGCACUCCGGCUUUCACACAAGAACAGCAGGCUCAGAUUCCCUUCAGCCACUGGUGACUGGGAUAAUGUCUACUCUAAGGGCCGGCAUCCUCUCUCCAUUCUAGACAAGCCUCUAUUGCAAGUCAACUAUGGGUCUUCCUGUAGUUUACCUGCUGGUUUCAAGGCUCGGGAGCAGCAGUCUGUAUCCCACCAUCGGAGACGGUCUACCCAGUCAGACUCAGCCCUACUGCCCAGCAAUGUGUACUUUCAGCGGAUCCUUCCCCUAGCUGUCAGCCCCCUCAGGGCCGGAGGCAGAGCCGGCAGGCACAGGGCCAACCAGGAUGAGGACAUCAACAGGACGUUGGACAGGGCUAUCGAGGCAGCCAGGUGUAUGAAGAGGACCACUGAUAGGAUGGCCAAGAGCCUGUCAGCUGACCUGGCCAAAGCCGCGUUGUCCAGGAAGUUAUGUGCCCUUCACCCAUUGACUGGCUCCUAACACUCUGGCUCAGCCCUGGGAUACUGCUGCUCCUUUAGGGCCAAUGGAUUUAUAUUGAAACACAAUGUUCAUGACCUUUCUGUAAAUAUCAUGCGUUUGAAAAGAUACUGUUUGUUUGAGUCAUUUCACAUUUACUCAUAUCUUUUGGCAACCUUUUUCUCAAACCACUAUCAGCAUCUUCUUGCAAAAUGGCAAACGUGUUAGAAUUAACACCCAGCGCUGUUUCUGUUGGUCCACUGUAAAUGGAAAUUUAAAAAGUUACCUGCCUCUGUAAUGAUUAGCUCAGUACUACUACUAUAACAACCAGUGUAAUUCAUCCGUUUCAGCCUGUGGAAACCUUACAUUGUCAACCAGCCACCUAUACAC